GUUGCUCUCCAAACUAUGCUCCACAGUUGAAACCUGGUUAUGACAGUCUUGCCCAACAGAGCCUUCCCUGUACUUUCUAAAGCUUUGGAGACCAAGCAAUGCCUUCUUCAAGGUUUCAACUCCUUCAAGCACCUCAAGCAUGCCCACGCUCGGCUUCUCCGCCUUGGUCUCGACCAAGACAACUAUCUUCUCAACGUGGUCUUGCGCUCUGGCUUCGAUUUUGGGCACGCCAGCUACUCCCGCCUCGUCUUCCGCCAAACUACGCAACCCAAUAUAUUUCUUUGGAAUACCAUGAUUCGUGGCCUGGUUUCCGACGAUUGCUUCGACGAUGCUAUCGAAUUCUUUAGUUCUAUGCGAACAGAGGGGAUCUUGCCCAAUAGCUUCACCUUCCCUUUUGUUUUGAAAGCUUGUGCUAGGCGUUCGGAUUUUCAAUUGGGUUUGAACAUUCAUACCCUUGUGGUGAAAACGGGGUUCGAUUUUGAUGUUUAUGUUAAAACUAGUUUGCUGUACUUGUAUGCAAAGUGCGGCUAUUUGGAACAUGCCCAUAAGGUUUUCGAUGAUAUUCCCGACAAGAAUGUGGUUUCUUGGACUGCCAUCAUUUGUGGGUACAUUGGAGCUGGUCAAUAUAGAGAAGCUAUUGAUACGUUUCGCAGGUUGCUGGAGAUGGGUUUGAGGCCUGAUAGUUUUAGCCUUGUUCGGGUUUUAUCUGCGUGCGGCAAGUUAGGAGAUUUAAGCAGUGGGGAGUGGAUAGAUAGAUACAUAACUGAGAUUGGCAUGGGAAAGAAUGUGUUUGUGGCCACGUCUUUAGUUGAUUUGUAUGCCAAGUGUGGACAGAUGGAAAAGGCGCGGGGUAUCUUCGAUGGAAUGCUUGAGAAGGAUAUAGUAUCUUGGAGUAGUAUGAUUCAGGGAUAUGCAUCAAAUGGACUUCCAAAAGAAGCCAUAGACCUCUUCUUUCAAAUGCAGAAGGAAAAUUUGAAACCUGAUUGUUAUGCCAUGGUUGGGGUGCUUUCUGCUUGUGCAAGAUUAGGAGCCCUGGAACUAGGGGAGUGGGCUAGCAAUUUGAUGGAUAAACAUGAAUUUUUUGUGAACCCUGUUCUUGGUACAGCUCUGAUUGACAUGUAUGCCAAAUGUGGGUGCAUGAUUCAAGCUUGGGAAGUCUUUAAAGGGAUGAAGAAAAGAGACCAUGUGGUUUGGAAUGCUGCAAUGUCUGGGCUUGCCAUGAAUGGACAUGUCAAAACUGUGUUUGGACUGUUCGGACAAGUUGAGAAAAAUGGAAUUCGACCUGAUGGGAACACAUUCAUGGGGCUGCUUUGUGGGUGUUCUCAUGCUGGUCUCGUUGACGAGGGUCGUAGGUAUUUCAACAACAUGACUAGUGCCUUUUCUUUGGCUCCUACAAUUGAGCAUUAUGGAUGCAUGGUGGAUCUUCUUAGUCGUGCUGACUUGUUGGAUGAAGCUUAUAACCUAAUCAAAACUAUGCCGAUGAAGGCUAAUUCAGUCGUUUGGGGAGCGUUGUUGGGUGGAUGCAGGCUACAUCGGCAAACCCAAUUGGCUGAACUCGUACUGAAACAACUCAUUGAGCUAGAACCAUGGAACUCAGCACACUAUGUUCUCCUGUCAAAUAUUUACUCUGCAAGCCAUAAAUGGGAUGAGGCAGCAGACACUAGGUCAAGAAUGAAUGAACAAGGGAUGAAGAAAAUCCCCGGUUGUAGUUGGAUCGAAGUAAAGGGGGUUGUUCACGAAUUCCUUGUCGGAGACAAGUCCCAUGCAUUGUCAGAGAAGAUAUACGCAAAGCUCGACGAGUUGGCUAAGGAACUGAAAGCAGUAGGUUAUGUUCCAACCACAGACUUUGUGUUGUUUGACAUAGAAGAGGAGGAGAAGGAGCACUUCCUUGGUUGUCACAGUGAGAAGCUGGCCAUUGCAUUUGGUCUCAUAAGCACUGCUCCUAAAGAUACAAUUCGAGUUGUGAAGAACCUUCGUGUAUGCGGCGAUUGCCAUGAGGCUAUCAAGCUCAUCUCAAAGAUUACAGAGAGACAGAUCAUUGUCCGGGAUAACAACCGAUUUCAUUGUUUCAUUGAUGGUUAUUGUUCAUGUAAAGAUUAUUGGUGAAGUUUGAUUUAAAAAAACCCAAUUUUGAUAC